GAUAGAAAUCUUACCCCUUCACUCAUUUCAUGCCUCACUCUUGAUUCUUCAAAAUCACUUCUCACUACGUUUGCGAAAAUACGAUGAUUGGAAGGGGUUAUUGUGCAAACAGAAGUCCGCGAAAACCAAAUGACUGACCACAGGGCGACCGACCUGGUACAUGGUCAUUUUGGUGAAUUCUCUUACGAUAUUAACGAAGAGCAAUGGUCGUUUUCGCAAGAUGUUAACAGAGUUCAUCGAUUUCAGCAACUCCUUUCAUCCACACAAUGCAUUCCUCCCUCGAUUCGAGAUAUACCUGGAAAUGGAAAAGUAGGCUCGAAGAUUGCUCGAGCUCAACAGAAAUGGCUCGCAAAGAAGCGACCCGAAACAUUUCCCGGAGGAAGUCUUGCUACACACUUGUCCAAAGAUGCCUCUGAUGCGACACUGAACCGAUCCAAGGCGAGCACGUUGAUGGCCAUUGGAGGGGCUGCGGAUAUCAAUCAUACCUCUGGUUCCAAAAUCGCAUUCAUAGUAGCGAUCCCGUGUGGUGAGGCCGGCCAUAUUCUGAAGCUUGUCAAACCUCGCCCAGAGAAACUUGGAUGGGAGUCGCAUAAUGGAGUUCGACUAUCUUACAUGAGUGCUGCCAAUACAGAUCAAGGACAUUGGUUUGGUGCUGGGGGAACAAUUUUACAGAUUGCCUCUGCCGAUGAUGGCAAUGAACUUAGUGCUUGGUUCGCUGUUAGACAAGCAGCCAUGACGACUAUUUUCAGACCUGUCUUUCGGAAAUUUCCCAAGCCUUUCACAGCCCCAGCUGGACACAUUGCUGCAUAUCCUCCAUCAUGUCUAGACCCUAAUCCUGUCGCGACUUUAACAUGCCAACAGUCUGGAUCAGAGGAACACGUGGACGUUAGUUUUAACCCAUGGUACGCUCGACAAUUCGCAGUUGUAGACCGCGCUGGCAAAUGGAGUAGUUGGGAUAUUGAAGGGCGACAAAAGAAACGCUCGGCUUUUGAAAUCAUGCCAGGGAAGAAGGGGUAUAUUUACGACGAUUUUGGCGAAGAUCCUGCUAUUCCGACAUAUAAAUUACCUGGAAACGUUGGCGACUGGCACCGAGUCCUCUGGGCAGGUAGCGUGAGCACUAUGAUAGUUGCAAAUAGAAAACAUCUUGCAGUUUUCGAUACAAAAUCCAAGCCAACACGGCUACCCUCUUAUUUAUUUAAUACCUCACUGCUAAAAGAUUGGAUACUGGACAUCAAGCGCAGUACGGUUGAUCUUUCACAUUUGUUUGUUUUGACUACGACUCGGAUUUUCUGGCUAAAAGUCAUACCGACUGGCGAAGAUGGCCUGAACAGGGAUUCUGGGAUCAAGGUUAUCCUGUCGCAUCGCCACUACAGAACUCCAACCGACGAGACAAUGAAAUUGACAAUGUCCAAGGACGAAAAUGGAACGGACUUGACAGUAUUCAUUUCAUCUAGUGAAAAUUCAUGUCUGAAUUCCUACACUUUUUUUAUGGAUGGGAAAAACGCAAGGACUUUCGAGGGAGGGUUUAGGCUGUCCCCUGGGAUAAGCGAGGAAAAGACACUUAAGGCCGAGAGUAUCUCUAUACGUUCCGUCUCUUAUCUAAUACCAAGAGACUCGGCUGAGGGAAUGGGACUAGACUUCAUGGAAACAGGAGUAAAAUUUCACCAGACAUGGAUGCUAACGCCAAGUCUUGAGCUGGUAUCUUCCUUAUGGGCGUCUGAGAUUCUCAAUUCUCAAAAGAAAUGGAGUUCAAGACCCAUCCUGCUUGCGCCGAUGCACAAAAUUGCGGAUAAUACUAUCCGCAUGACAGCUAGUCGUCUUGCAGAUGAUUUCAUUGUUCCUGACGAGGAAGACGAAGAUGCUUUAGUGGAUCAGAUGAGCUCCCUAACAACGCAAAAUGGCCAGUUUUCAUCGAAAAUUAAUAAAGCUUCCACAGAUCUGCUUCUAAGGAUUAACAUGCAACCAGUGUUCGAACGAAUAUUUAACAAGCCAAUGUCCAGUGAUUCGAACACUGACAUGGAAACGGCAUUUCGAGAUAUAUCAAUUCAGAUGCAAAAUGGCAAACAAAUGGAUAGCAUGUCAUUAAAAACUUGUCUCGAAUUAUCGAACAAUGCAUCUCCUUCAGGUGACCUCGACGAGGCAGCCAAAAUUGUGACUGAGUUUCUGGAUUUCAUGAACACCUUUGAUGAAGGCGAAGAGGAAUCAUCUUCUAAAUUUCAUAUUUCGAAAUUGAUAUCUUGUCCCGGAAUGACCUUUUCUGAAGAUCCAUCAUCCGACGAUAAAUGCCCUGAUUUAUUGCAAAUAUAUGAUCAACUGAUCAAUGUCUGGGUAACAAACCUCCCUCGCAAGACUCCUGGGCCAGUUCGUUUGGAAAAAGCGAGAUCGAUACGCAGAAUUGCUAUGGAAAUAUGGCUGAGCUCAGUUGGUAUUUCGCUACGAAAUGAACAAUUUGAGCCGAGACCUCCACCAGUCUUUGAGGAUGAAACCUCAAUGCACAUGUUGAAGGACAUUGACGAACUCUCAAGGGCCAGUUCACCUCCGUAUUUCAGCUCCCAGGCUCAGUCCCGAGCAAUGGAGAAUCCCCAGCUCAGCUUGCCCACGCCCACUCCAUCAGUCAUAUCUGCCCCUGCAGUUGUGCAGGAUCCUACGAUUUCGCGACUUCGCCAGUAUGCUGUUAGCAUCGAGCCAAAGAUAGAAUUUGGUGCGGCAAGAGCUUCACUAUUAUCUCAAUGGCCAUCUGUUCCAGGCGCAGACCCAAAUAAAUACUCCUGGGAGGAGGUUCAGAGAGCUGCACUUGCGGAAGAGAGUGGGGACGAUGAUUACCGUAGUCGACGAGAAAACGCUCGGCGUAAACGAAGAGCAGAAAGGUUUUUGAGUCGAGAUCGUGCGAACGCAGCUGCAUCUUCAUCUCAAGCUAUGGCUCAACCAUUUGGCAGUCAACCGGUUGGUUACAACACUUACAGCUCACAACCUGUUAAUGAAUUACCAAUGACCCAACCGAGCAAGGGAGCUUUCGGUAGCCGAAUCGCUGCACCCGCUACUCCUGGAAAGAAAAAGUCUAAGAAGCGUAGGGCAGCAGGUUUUUAAAUCAGAAGUUGGAGUAUGCUUUUGACUAUAUCAGUGACUUUUGUUAUGCUUGAACUUUAGUACAAGGAUGGUUGGAUUCUGCAAUGUGUAAUUUGGAAACGGUUCGAAAGAUAUAUUUUGUAUUACUUGUAUGAUGAUUAAAGUAGCUUAUGUUAAAGUAUCUGUA